AUGACUUCCACCGCAGUCAGCACAGCCACGGGCACCUCCGGCGGCCCCAGCGCGACCGGCACAUGCGGCAGCCCCUCGCUCUACGACAUCCCGCUGAACGACACGGCCUGCGCGGUCCCCUACGGCGGUAACCACACGGACGUCAUGACGACGUGCUGCAAGUCGGCCGACGUCGUCAGCUACAACGACGACUGCGGCCUGUACUGCCUCGCCAUCGACCAGACCGUGACCGACAUCACGGACUGCCUGUAUCAGAACGGCAUCGCGUGGGCGGACGCCUUCUGCAACGGCGUGGGCAACGACACCGCGACGGCCACGGGCAACUCCGCGCCCACGGCGACGGGCGCGAGCGUGGUCUCGGGGUCGAGCGCCAGCAAGACGGGGAGCAGUUCCUCCAGCUCGUCGACUGGGGACUCGGACUCGAGUGCUGCGGCUCCGGUGAGGGGAGUUAGUGCGAUGGGCGUGACGAUUAGCGGGCUGCUGCUGUCGUCUGUGAUGUUUGGCGUGCUCCAGCUUUAG